CAAACCCUAAAUUCAUUCAUUACGUUCAUCCUUUUGCUUACACACCUUAUCCCAAAACCCAGCGAGCUCUACCGGAACAAAAACCUCCGAGCUUUGCUACCGGAAAAUGGCGUCUGCGAAUGCAAUUUCUUCCGCAUCCAUUCUUUGUUCUUCCCAGAAGAGCUUGAGGAAAGUGAAUCAACCGCAGAGUAACAGGGUGAAUUACAGACAAGCGGGUAGCAGAUUUGUUGUGAGAGCUACUGCAAAGGAUAUAGCGUUCGACCAGAGUUCAAGGACUGCACUUCAGUCUGGGAUUGAUAAGCUUGCCAAUGCAGUCGGUCUGACUCUUGGACCCAGGGGGAGGAAUGUUGUGCUGGAUGAGUUCGGCAGUCCCAAAGUAGUAAAUGAUGGUGUGACAAUUGCUCGUGCAAUUGAGUUGCCUGAUCCCAUGGAGAAUGCUGGGGCAGCUCUAAUUAGGGAGGUCGCAAGUAAAACUAAUGACUCUGCUGGUGAUGGGACAACGACUGCCUCAGUCCUGGCGAGGGAAAUUAUCAAACUAGGCCUUCUGAAUGUUACUUCCGGUGCAAAUCCAGUAUCACUGAAGAGAGGAAUUGACAAGACAGUGCAAGGAUUGAUUGAAGAGCUUGAGAAGAAGGCUAGGGCUAUCGAAGGCAGAGAUGAUAUCAAAGCCGUUGCCUCUAUCUCUGCUGGAAAUGAUGAGCUGAUAGGGUCGAUGAUCGCUGAUGCCAUUGAAAAAGUGGGGCCCGACGGUGUCUUGUCCAUUGAGUCAUCAUCUUCCUUUGAGACCACUGUGGAAGUUGAAGAAGGGAUGGCGAUUGAUAGAGGCUACAUUUCUCCUCAGUUUGUCACAAACCCUGAAAAGUUAAUUGCUGAAUUUGAGAAUGCACGAGUGUUAAUUACAGAUCAGAAAAUUUCAGCAAUAAAGGAUAUAAUCCCUAUAUUGGAGAAAACCACGCAAUUGAGAGCUCCUUUGCUCAUUAUUGCUGAGGAUAUUACUGGUGAGGCUUUGGCUACACUUGUUGUGAACAAGUUGCGGGGUAUUCUAAAUGUUGCUGCCAUUAAAGCUCCAGGAUUUGGGGAAAGGAGAAAGGCUAUGCUCCAAGACAUUGCCAUUUUGACAGGUGCUGAAUUUCAAGCCAGUGAUCUUGGAUUGCUUGUAGAAAAUACUACAAUUGAACAGCUUGGUUUGGCCCGAAAAGUGACCAUCUCGAAGGACACUACCACCAUCAUUGCUGACGCUGCUUCAAAAGAUGAGCUACAAGCAAGGAUUGCACAGCUAAAGAAGGAAUUGGGUGAGACGGAUUCUGUUUAUGACACUGAGAAACUGGCUGAAAGAAUUGCCAAAUUGUCUGGUGGUGUUGCCGUCAUUAAGGUUGGAGCUGCGACAGAGACUGAACUUGAGGACCGGAAGCUCCGUAUUGAGGAUGCAAAGAAUGCAACUUUUGCUGCCAUAGAGGAAGGGAUUGUACCUGGUGGUGGUACUGCACUGGUUCACCUCUCAACUCUUGUCCCUGCAAUCAAGGACAAGCUUGAGGAUGCGGAAGAGAAGCUAGGUGCUGAUAUUAUCCAAAAGGCGCUGGUAGCACCGGCAUCCUUAAUUGCCCAAAACGCUGGAAUUGAAGGGGAAGUAGUGGUGGAGAAGAUCAAGUCGAGUGAAUGGGAAAUUGGAUAUAACGCAAUGACAGACAAGUACGAGAAUCUGGUAGAGGCCGGUGUGAUUGACCCAGCCAAGGUGACAAGAUGUGCAUUGCAGAAUGCGGCUUCAGUUGCUGGCAUGGUCCUAACCACACAGGCCAUUGUAGUUGAAAAGCCCAAGCCCAAGGCACCCAUCGCUGCACCACAAGGCCUUACCGUUUAAAAUUCCUGGGAAUCUUGAUCAUCUUCAUUUGUAGGACAGACGUCAGAUAUGAAGAGUAGCUUCUUGCGGCGCGUGUUCAUUGGAAACGGCGAGACAAUAAGAAAAGAUGGAACUCUGUAUGUGAAUGCGCUUUUUUUGAACGGUUCUGGAAACUUGCAUUAGAUAUUGUAAGAUCACGGAAAUCAAUUGCAUCAAGUUUGUGUUUUUUUCAUGGGAAAGAAAUAAUUUUGAUGGA